GUGCAUCUAUCUUCCAUUCACAUCACAGUCUCUGUCAGUAUCAGAUAAAGCGCUAUCAUGGGGCAAAGUGGGGCAUCUCUUUUUCCAAAAGGGAUCCUCUCCAUUAACCUUCACUUCGGCUUCGUGCUGGCAUCCGUGUGGCUGUCAUCGCUGGGACCCGUAGAGAGUGACAGCGGUUUUUUAAAACGAACCGGCGAGGAUCGGUUUCUUGACAGCCGCGGCGGUGUGUUUGGAAGAAGCGCUGCUGUCGAUGGAGAGAUUGCUCGUACGGGAGCCGCACGCUUCAGGAGAGCACUUUCCCAAGAUAAAGUCGCCCCAUCCCAAGAUAAAGUCGCCCUGCUCAGCAGCUCGUUCGUGUUGAAAGGAGACGCGACACAUAACCAAGCAAUGGUGCAUUGGACCGGGGAGAACAGCAGUGUUAUAUUGAUCCUGACCAAGUAUUACCAUGCAGACACUGCAAAGGUUCUGGAAAGUUCCAUUUGGAGGUCCACUGAUUAUGGAACAACCUACACCAAGCUGAAUCUGCUGCCUGGCACAACUAUAGUCGUCACCAACUUCUACAUCUGUCCCAGAAACAAGAAGAAGGUACUUCUUGUGAGUUCUUCCAUCAAUGAACAGGACCACAUGCUUUUCAUUAGCACAGAUGAGGGAAGCAAUUUUCAGAGACAGCCUCUCACAUUCUCCGUAGAGACUCUGGUCUUCCAUCCGAACGAAGAAGACAAGCUGCUAGCCUACAGCAAGGAUAAACAGCUCUAUGUAUCUACAGACUUAGGCAGAAAGUGGACUCUGCUACAAGAACGAGUGACAAAGGACCGCUUUUUCUGGUCUGUGGCCAAAGUUGAUACUGAUCCUGAUCUUGUACACAUGGAAAUGCAGGAUACCAGUGGAGGUUUCCUCUAUGUGACCUGUUUGAUUCAAAAUUGCUCUGACAAAAUGGUGACUGCUCAGUUCCUCGGCAAGAUUGACCAUAACUCACUCUCUGUGCAGGAUGAUUACAUUUUUGUGAAGGUGACAACUGGAAACAGAACCAAACAUUACGUUUCUUACCGUCGGAAUGAAUUUGUUCAGAUGAAGUUUCCAAAGUACGCCUUACCAAAGGAUGUGCAGAUAGUCAGCACAGAUGAGAACCAGGUGUUCCUCGCUCUCCAGGAGUGGUACCAGACUGACACUUACAACCUCUACCAAUCGGACCCACAGGGUGUCUACUAUUCCAUUGUAUUAGAGAACGUCAGAAGCACCAAGCAGCCAGAAGAAAAUGUCCUCAUUGACAUCUUAGAGAUCCGUGGAAUUAAAGGAGUAUUUCUGGCCAAUCAGAAAGUGGAUGGGAAGGUGACCACACUCAUCACAUUCAACAAGGGCCGUGACUGGGACUACCUUAACCCACCUUCCACGGACAUGAACGGGAAACCAGCAAGCUGCAAACCGCCGGAUUGCUAUCUUCACAUGCAUCUCCGGUGGGCAGACAAUCCAUACGUGUCAGGGACUGUGCACACCAAAGACUCUGCACCAGGACUGAUCAUGGGGGCUGGCAAUAUGGGCUCUCAAUUGGUCGAGUACAAAGAAGAAAUGUAUAUUACUUCCGACUGUGGGAAAUCCUGGAGACAGGUCUUUGAAGAAGAACACCAUAUUCUGUACCUAGAUCACGGUGGAGUUAUAGUUGCUAUUAAGGACACUUCCAUCCCCCUCAAAAUACUCAAAUUCAGCAUAGAUGAAGGUCGGACUUGGACUAUUCACAAUUUCACCAGCACCUCGGUUUUUGUGGACGGGCUUCUAAGUGAACCUGGAGAUGAGACUCUUGUUAUGACGGUUUUUGGCCAUAUAAGUUUCCGGUCAGACUGGGAGUUAGUGAAAGUGGACUUUCGACAGUCUUUUCCAAGGCAGUGCACAGAGGCCGAUUACGAUGCAUGGAAACUAACCAGCCUUAAGGGGGAGACAUGCAUCAUGGGUCAGGAGAGGAGCUUCCGGAAGAGAAAAGACUCAACGUUUUGUAUCAAAGGGAAGAGCUUCACUUCAGCCCUGACCUCCAGGCCCUGCCAGUGUACAGAGAAAGAUUUCAACUGUGACUACGGCUUUGAGCGGGCAGCCAGUCUGAAGUCUGAAGGCGAUCGAUGCUUUGCAGACUUCUGGCAUGACCCUGACUCCCCUCCUGAUGACUGUAUCGUAGGGCAUUCCUAUGCCUCCAGCACAGGCUACAGGAAGGUGGUGUCCAAUAUCUGUGAGGGAGGAGUGAACAAACAGCAGAGUUCCAAACAGCAUGGAUGUCCUCUGCAGGCCCCCAGAGGUCUGCAGCUUGGAAUCAAAGGAGAGACCUUGGGUGUGGGCCCUGGAGAUGACAUCACCUUCAUUGUGAGACAGGAGCAGGGAGACACUGUAAACACCAAGUACCAGGUGGAUCUGGGUGAUGGGUUUCGAGCCAUCUAUGUGAACCUGACAGUGACUGACGAACCUAUUCAGCACCGCUAUGAGAAGCCUGGUAUCUACCGGGUCACUGUGAAGGCAGAGAACACAGCAGGGCAUGAUGAGGCUAUGGUCUACAUUCAGGUCAACUCUCCCCUUCAGGAAGUGCAUUUAGAAGUGGUGCCGAUUGCUGGAAGGAACCAGGAAGUUAACUUGACAGCAGUUAUCCUCCCUGCAGCCACCAAUCUCACAGUCUUCUACUGGUGGAUCGGAGACAACCUUCAGCCUAUCCUCUCCUUAGAGAACAGCCUGAUUACCAAAUUCCCAAAGACCGGUGAAGUGAUGGUGACAGUUCAGGCAGCCUGUGGAAGGUCCAUGGUCCAGGAUACCAAAACAGUACGGGUGUUUGAUCAGUUCCAAGUUCUUCCUCUGAAGUUCAGCAAAAGCCUCGAUCCUUUCAAUCCAAAUAUCCCCGAGUGGAGAGCUGACAUUGGGCAGGUUGUCAGCAGAAUACUAGCAAAGAUAACUGACAUUCCACAGGUAUCCCUGGUGACUGUGGUGAAGCCUGACCUUCCAACCACAGCAGCCUUGUAUGUGCUUCCACCAGAGAGUACACCAGAGAAGAAAAGAAGCACAGCUGUUGAUAAGAGGAUACCCGCCAUAAAGCAAGCUCUUAAUGGGAACAAUGUUAGCUUUAUAGUGAGAGGGGGCCUGGUAGUGUUUGUAAACCUGGAGGACUCUGAUUCGGAGUCUCGGCAGAGUGGUGCAGGUGGUGGAUUCUGGGCUGUGGCAGUGAUCUUUGUUGUCUGCUUGGUUGCAGUAGGAUCAUUCAUUCUCUACAAAUUCAAAAGAAAACUGCCUGGUAGAAGCGUUUAUGCCCAAAUGCACAAUGAAAAAGAACAGGAAAUGACCAGUCCUAUCAAUCACAGCGAGGACACCCAGAACAUCAUCCAGGGGGAGGAGUUUAUUGAUGACGAUCUUGAUUCGCAAACAUUAGGUAACGCUGGAGGUAAUCACUCUGGUGUGGUUCUGAGCAUAAACUCCAGAGAACUGCACAGUUACUUGACCAGCUGAUGGUUACAGCAUCAAUAAACUGCCAAGACUUGUCUCUAUAUUUUAUUGUUCAGUCCUGCAACACUAGCAGAAGGAAAAGCAGGAUAUUCUCAGUUGAUACUACAGCAACCAGUCAUUUUCAAGGAAAAAAAAUAGUGUUUCUGUAAUCUGAGGAGGGGGAGAAAAGUGGGUCUCACUGUUUCUCAAAUGACUCUACCUGUUAUCACCUUUUUCUUUUUUACUAAAGAACAAAAACAUAACCACUAUACUGUGCUUUGAAAGAGGACAUGGCGCUAACGUUUCCUAUUAUGUCUACUUUCAAGUCUAGUUACUGUAGCUUUCAUUACAGGUUAUAUCUAAUUAAAUGCAUACUAUUUGGCAGCAGUUUUGUCAAACAGCUGCCUAGUCUUAACUGUGUUCUUGUGCAGGUAGCAGUAUUUUGAAUUAUAUUCAUACAAUAUCUAUUGGGUCAGUAUGUGUGAACCCAUGUUCACUUAAGAAGGCUCUGCUCACAUCUUGUGCUGUGACUCUGUGCACUAAAUCACCAUGCUUUUAGUGUGUCGAAUCCCUGCACAGCCCCACACGUGGCUUCAUCUCACAACAAGAUGUUUUGUGGAUCUCACAUCUCGCCUUACUAGGUAUUAGGAAGGUCAACUGGAAAUUCAUAUCUAGUAUUCUGCUUUGAGUAGCCGACAAAAACUGAAGAUCCUGACCUAGGCAUUAAUAAGGAUGGCAUUGUACAAGAACAGCUUCAGGCUGGAUCCACUGCUCUGUUGUGGUACUAAUUUAGAGGAGGUGAUAGAUGGCACCACAUACUAAAUCGUUAAAGAUUAAUUUCUUUCUGUGGAAUCUAUCCAAACAUCGGUUUGUUUAUAGAAGUACAUAUGACAAAUUAUCCUGGUCUCUCUUCCUCAGACCCACACACAAAUAUCACCACCCGCAAACAAAGCAGGGUGCUAAUUUUACAUUAUUUAUUCAAUUUAUUUUACCUGAAAAACAGAUAUGGUUAAAGGAUUCACAAAACAUUGAAGUUUGAGAAAAAGGAAAGUGCUAUGGUUUUGCAUUCUAACAGAAUUAUCUUUAAAGAGUAUGUAGCGGGGUUCUGAAAAAUAUUGUUUUACACGCCCCCAUGCGUUGCUACAACUGAUUAAAUAACUUAUCUGUAACUUCCUUCUUUUCAUUGUUAACAUCCUGACAACUUUUUGCAUUUAUAACUUUAAAGUCUGUUUGAAGCUCUUUUUAAAAU